CCGAGAGGCUACGGCGCCGGGGAUGCGACGCAGACCGCCGUGUGUGGCGUCUGAGCAACAGCCCGGAGUGUGUGUAUGUGUGUGUGUGUGUGUGUGAGUCACUGUGAUCUGAGGUGACAAUCCAGAUAACUGUGGGGCUGACAAUGCGCCGACUACCAAACGUGCAUUUGAAUUGAAUGGAAGCUACUGGGAAAUUCGAAGGGAUCCUUCUGCGAUAGUUCCCGUGCUAUGGAAGUUACGUAAAAACGGCAUUCACACAGCAUUAGAUUUAUAAGCGCUCAGUGACAUUUUAUAAGUGGGAUGGAUUGUUUUUAUUUUCUGGAGGGAGAAUACCGGUUCGUUCCAACUUUGCCUUUUUCUCUCGAAGAGUGGAUCAAAGAAGAAACUUCAAUGCGUCUUCACGCUUUUCCCUGAGAAUGGAGUUGAUGAAGGCGAACUUGAGCUGCCUGGAUAGUUUAUCCCGGGGAAACAACUGCGUCCCCGCCAGGAGCACGUCUCCCGGGGUAGCGGCCACUCUAGCCGGCGUGCUGAUCUUCACCACCGUGGCUGAUAUCGUUGGAAAUCUGCUGGUCAUCCUGUCGGUGUACAGGAACAAGAAACUCAGGAAUGCAGGUAACAUCUUUGUGGUGAGUCUUUCUGUGGCUGACCUGGUGGUGGCACUCUACCCCUACCCCCUGGCUUUGGUCGCUAUCUUCCAUAACGGCUGGACGAUGGGCUCCCUGCACUGCCAGCUGAGCGGGUUUGUUAUGGGACUGAGUGUGAUCGGCUCGGUCUUCAACAUCACGGCUAUCGCCAUCAACCGCUACUGCUACAUCUGCCACAGUCUCCGCUACGACCGACUCUACUCCCGUCGGAACACCUGCCUGUACCUGCUGCUCACCUGGAUGCUGACCGCUCUGGCCACCGUACCCAACUUCCUGGUGGGUUCCUUGAAAUACGACCCGCGCGUCUUCUCCUGCACCUUCACCCAGACCGCGAGCUCUUCUUACACUGUCUGCGUGGUUCUCAUCCACUUUCUGGUCCCUCUGGCCGUGGUUUCUUUCUGCUACCUGCGCAUAUGGACGUUGGUGAUCAGGGUCAAAGGUCGUGUGCGGCCCAACCCAAAGGUCAGAGCGGCCGACAUGAGGAAUUUCUUGACGAUGUUUGUGGUGUUCGUGCUGUUCGCCGUGUGCUGGGCGCCCCUGAACUUCAUCGGGCUCGCUGUGGCGAUAAACCCAGCAAGAGUGGCGCCGAAUGUCCCGGAGUGGCUGUUUGUUACCAGCUACUUCAUGGCGUAUUUUAACAGCUGUCUGAAUGCUGUCGUCUACGGGUUGCUCAACCAGAACUUCAGGCAAGAGUACAAACAGAUUCUCCGUGCUCUCUGCACGCCACGAGCGCUGUUCACUGAAAGCUCCAGGUACAACACUGAAGCCAUAAAGAGUAAACAGUCACCCGCGGGAACCAACAACAAUGUUAAAGACGCCAAUAUGUAUAAGGGAGGUGUAACGCACACUCUUUUCUAGCACGUCACUUCCCAUUUAAAUAUGUUAUUUGGGUACAAAGGGGUUAAAGGCACAGCGGAGUGAAGCACACGUUUGUUUUUAUUUUUCUGCAGCACUUUCCUAAACACCCUUGGUUCGGUAUGCACCAGGAAAUUUUUGUGAUUCUGUGAUACAUUGCGACCUGUUUUUUGACUAUUUUCGUUUUGUUUUAUAGAGUAAUACGUCAAAUGAGAAUCAUUCAAAUUUCGAAAUAUAUUUUGAGACAAAGUUCUUGGUAUUGGGGGUGAAAAAAAGUGCCCCUACCGUUGAAGCUAAAGGAACAGCAAUUGGAAUGAGAGCUUAAAAUGUAUUUUUAAUUAUUUUGUUUAGUAAAAUAAAUAGAAUAUGGUGCAAAACGUUUUUGAGGUUUUAACUUAUUAACUUAAUACUCAAAUGUAUUGCUAUCCACUUGUUAAAAAGAUAGCUCACCCAAAAAUGAACAUUACUCACCUUCAUGUUGUUUCAAAUCCAUAUGGCCUUCAUUCAUCUUCAAAACACAAAUGAAAAUAUUUUGAAUAAUAACCAAGAUUUUUCUGUCCCUACAUAGAAAGCAAUGCUGCUGAAAUGUUUUAUGGCCUAGAAAACAGACAUCAUUAAAAUAGUCCAUGUGACAUCAUUGGUUCAGCUGAAGCUAUGAGAAAAACAUUUUUGUGCAGAGAAAAUAAAAAUAAUGACUUUAUUCAACAAUUUCUUCUUUUCCAUUUAGCUUUGACGCAUGUUUGCAACAGCACCGUGAAAAGAAGAAAUCUUGAAGUCAUUGGGGUUUUUUUCUUUGUGCGCAAAAAUAUUCUUGUAGCUUCAUAAAAUUACAUUUUCUAACAACGUCCUGACUAUUUUAACAAUGUCCUUACUAUCUUUCUGGGCCUUAAAUAAGUCAGUUGUGUUGCUGUCUAUGGAGAGUCAGAAAGCUAUCGGAUUUCAUUAAAAAAUAUCUUCAAUAGUGUUCCGUAGAUGAACAAAGGACUUAUGGGUUUGGAAAGAAAUGAGGGUGAGUAAUUAAUGACAGAAAUUUCAUUUUUGGGUGAAUUAUCACUUUACGUUGUGACAUAUGGAAUACUGUUUACGGGUCUAAACCUCUCCUCAAUUCAAUGAGGAAUACAGUCUCCAGGCUCAGUUUUUUGGUAUUACUACAACACACUGUGAGUGUAUAUUAGAGCCGUUUGUUUGCCUGGGUAUCCUCACAUGCUUUAGGACAUCACUGGAUGAAUAAAUACCGGAGACCUUUGUCCUAUGCUGGUGAGCUUCAUACUCUGUGCCUUUAGUGUGGGUUAAAAGCCUUCCUCGCCACUUCCUACAUUUUUAUGACUUUGAAAUUAAAGUUAAAUCACAUUUAUUUAUAUAGAGCUUUAUAUUAUACAAGUGAUUUAAUAGCAGCUUGACAUUAAUGAACAGGAAAAUAAGUGUUACCGUUAUACAGAUAAUCAGUUAUCAAACAAAUUCAAUUUCUGUAAAGCAGCUCUACAGAAGAGUCAUUGUUGAGCUCAGUUUAGUUCAGUGUUGUUUCAAUUUAGUUCAAUAAAACCGUUGAUGUUGCAAAGCUCAUUAAUUAUGAAACAAGCAACAGUAUAAGCAGCUUUACAGAAGGCAACAGUGUCAUUUUUCAGCUCUGUUCAGUUCAAUAACUGUCAACGCAUUAAAUCGAAAAAAAAAAAAUCAUUACUGAAUAUUAAUUGUCUUUCAAACUCCAGCUGUGCCAAGCCAAAGGUAACAGUGACAAGGAACUCAAGCACAAAAUAAAAAAUGGGGGCCAGUUUUUCGUUGUACAAAAAAAGCAAACACAGGGCGAUUUAUGAUUUCCAGGCUGCAUCGCAAAUCAGAUUUUGUGGGCUGAUAUUAUUCAAAAUUUUGCAUUCAACUCCUUCCGCUUGGAGAUCAGGAUGCUGGUAUUCGGUGAGAAAAGGGAAGUCUGCUGUCUUCCUUCAGAAAAUGGCUUAUCACCGGCCUUUUUAUUCUCAUCUUGCCGCUUGUCAGAGUCUUUGUUGGUGUCCUAACUGCUCGUGGUUAUAGCAGGCCAACAUACCGCUAAUGAUUUCCCAUCAAAAAAAAGCACAUUUUCACUAAUGUGUGCCUUUAGCCCUGUGGUAUCCUAUCUACCCUACAGCAGUUCAGGGGCCUAUAAGAUUGAUAUUUCUUGUUAAAUGAACAUUCCUCAAAAAAAAAAAAAAAAAAAAAAGGCAUGGUUGUCAGCCUUUUCUAUGUAUUUUGUUCAAGCAGACUUGAGCUAACAAACAGAAAAUAAGACUGCAGACAGUUGAGUAUAUGCUAUCCAGUCCUUAUUGGCUGAUACCAUGGCAACCAUCACUGAAAAAGACAUUUUGAUGCUCUGUGUGUCCUUUGUAAACUCUUUGUAGCUUAUAUGGAUGUUUUGUAUAUCAAGCAGUGUUUGUAAGUAAAGGACAAAGGUUUUCUCUUUUUUUGCAGUAACAAUAAAGGAAAAUAAGACUGA